UCUCUGUCAUUCACUGACGCUUUUCAUUUCCGUCUCUUGUCUAUCUUUCAAAUCAAGAUUCGUUCAUUCAACUCGCUUUGCCUUUUUAUAUUUCUUCUCUCACUCUUGUCUCUUCAAAAUUCACUACAAUCUUCUCUCUUUCUCCGCCACUCGCUACGUCUAACCUCAGAUGGAGGAUUCUGAAAAUUCUAAUGCAGGUUGUGGCCAAGGUAAUGUAACGGUGACUCCAUAUUAUACUCCAUAUCCAAGGCAGAUGUCACAGAAGUCUGGCCUUCAACCAGUUAAUAUAGAUUUUUCUCCUAGCUCAGGUGGUGAUAGCUCUGUGGCUUCAGUGAAAGAGGGCGCUGGAUCACCUUCCUCGUCAUCCUCAUCACCCUCAGAUUCAGAGCAAGAAAGUCAAAUUGUUGAUGAGGAAAAAACAGAUCAUAAAUCAUGGAAAAGUGAGAAUAGAAGUUAUGAUGAAUUGCUUAGAGAGUUCCUUAAAAAGGAGGAAGCGCUGAACGUUUCCAACUUGAAACUUAAGCUUUCAGAAGAAGAGAAUAGAAAGUUGAAGAUUCAAAUUGAGAAAAAUGAGGGUCAGCUUAAGAAUGCGUUGGUAGAAUUAGAAGUGAAAGAGGAAAAUGUUGAGUAUGAAAAGGAACAGGUACUGGAGUUACAAGAAAAGACAUCUGAUUUGGAAAAACAUAUUUCAGAUUGUUACAAGAAGAUUACCAAGUUAGUGGCACAGCUGGACUUGGCUGAAGAACAGCUUAAGAUAUCAAAUGAUGAAAUUUCAAGAUUAAAAGAGGAACUUGAUAGCAGGUCAUCUGGUACAGGUGAGUUGCAAGGUCAGCUUGAAGUAGCGCAGGAAAAUGUGACCACAUUAGGAAGCCAACUUGAUUCAGAGAGAAAGCGGAUUCGGGACCUUGAAGACAUGGUUACAUGGUACAAAGAUAAUGAAACCAACCGCGAACUUGAGGUGCAAAAGUUUAAGGCUGAAAUGCUUGAUGCCCAAGCACAGUUCUCAUUGGAGAAAGACCAGUUGCAUUCUGAUAUGGUGCGUUUGUCAGAAGAGAAAAUACAGCUGGGCUUCAAACUUGAGGAAUAUGAGUCUAGAAGCAACGAAUUAGAAAACAAAUCAAGGCAAUUUGAUGAGGAAAAACUGGAACUAGAAGAGUUGCUUGCUACUAAACAAAUGGUUUUGCAAGGUGAAAUCAGUUGUUUGAAGGAAGAACUUGAUCAGAGAAGGCUCGAUGUUGAAGCUGUGAAUAAGGAAUUUGACAGGCACAAGCAGAAGUAUGACAUGCUCAUGACUGAAAGAGACGAGUUCAAUGCUAAGAUUGAUAACCUUAUGGCUGAGGCAAGCUUCCGAAGCAAUCACAUUGCAAAUAUGGAGAGAAAGAUAUUCCAGCUACGCGAACAAAAUGUGGAGCUGAUUUCAGGAUCUGAAGCUACACUUAGUCUUGUAAAUGAGUUGAAACUGAAAGUGGACGAUCUUGAAAAAGAGGUGACUCGACAGAAUGCUGUGAUCUCAGACAGGGCUGAGGAGAAGAGGGAGGCAAUCCGGCAACUAUGCUUCUCGAUUGAGCACUAUAGGAGUGGAUAUAAAGAACUUCUUCAAGCAUUUGCUGGGCACAAGCGUCAUGCCGUUAGAGCUUCCUAAAGUUGCGUUUGCCUGUCUCUUAUUCUUACUUUGUGUUGUAGAUCUUUCCGUAUUAUCAAUUUUGCAUGUCGUUCCCUUAUUCUUGUCGAGGAUAUAUACAUUGCAUAAUAUUGUCUUCCUAUUGAAUUAGGUCAAAAAUUGACGUUGGUAAUUGACAUUGAUGAAAGUGUCUAUGUUCAUUUCUUAUAGCCUUCA